UCAACGCCGCAGUUAGUAAAAUCACGAAACUGUCGACUCGUUUCUUUGGCGGCAAGACUUGAUGAAGCCUUCAACUUCAACCAUUAUCACCGGUGAAGAAUCGGUAGUUUCACCGCCGAUAGCAAGCGUUUCCGGUGAAUCGUCUCUCUCCGAUAUGACUCAGACAGUUCAUUUUUCCUCUGGGAACCCUAGAAUCGGCGAGACUCGCGGCGUCAUGCAUCUAUUUUCCGAUGAUGCCGUUUCGUCGUCUUCUUCUUCUUCCUCCUCCUCCUCGAAUCUCCCUAUUGGAAGGAACCCUCUCGUUUGCGUUCUUGGGGUGCCCAACCAUAUGACAUAUGCAGAUUUUUGCCAGUUCUGCGGCUCCUUCAUUCAGCACAUACUAGAGAUGCGAACAGUGAGGAAUGAUGGCAUUGAAAAUAGGUACAGCAUUUUGAUAAGGUUUGAUAGUCAGGAAUCUACCGAUACAUUCUACCAGCAUUUUAGAGGGAAACAAUUCAAUUCUCUCGAGCAAGAUGUAUGUCGACUGCUUUUUACUCUAGAUGUUCAGUUUACCGGUUAUAGUGGAUCUAUUGACCAUACACAGCCUUCUGCUGCUGGCCCGAUAGAGCAACCUACUUGCCCAGUUUGUCUUGAGAGACUGGACCAAGACACUGGUGGCAUUCUUACGACCAUGUGCAAUCAUUCCUUCCAUUGUUCGUGUAUUUCUAAUUGGCCAGAUUCUUCUUGUCCAGUUUGUCGAUAUUGCCAACAGCAACCUGAAAAUUCAGUAUGUUGUGUUUGCCAAACAACAGAGAAUCUAUGGAUGUGUGUUAUCUGUGGGGUUGUUGGCUGCGGGAGGUACAAGGGAGGACAUGCCAGAAGGCAUUGGGAGGAGACAGAACAUUGCUAUUCACUUGAGCUUGAAACACAGCGUGUUUGGGAUUAUGCUGGUGACAAUUAUGUUCACCGGCUUAUUCAAUCCAAAACUGAUGGCAAGCUAGUUGAGUUGAAUUCUCAUGGUAGUCUGAGCAAGGAUGGUUGUGGAAGCUGUGAAUAUUCUGACAGUGGAAUGACUGAUGCUCUCUUGAACAGCAAAGUAGACAUGAUCAUUAGUGAGUACAACGAACUUCUCCAGGCACAACUAGAGAAUCAAAAACAAUAUUUUGAAAAGUUGCUACAAAAUGUGAAAGAGGAAACGGAACAGAAAGUCUCAGAAGCUGCGAGCAAGGCAAUAAGCCAGAGACUGCAGAAGCUGCAGACCAGGCGUGACAGAUGUGUCAAAGAGAAGCAAUUUCUUGAAGACUUGAACGAAAAUCUCGUCAAAAAUAAGGACGUAUGGAGAAACAAGAUUACAGAAAUGGAAGAAAGGGAGAAGAAGGCAGUUCGGGCAAAGGAUGAAAAGAUUCAGGCCUUAGAGGAACAGCUUGGAAAACUAAUGGCCCAAAUGGAUGGUGAGAGAGAGGUCUCAGAGGUCAAGGACAGUACCGUCUUGCCCAUAUCCACGAAUACAUCUUCCUCUGGGUCUGGGGAUGCAAGUAAAAAGAAGAGUGACAGAAGAAAGGGUUAGAUCAAGAUUCAAACUCAAAUAUCUAGAACCAAUCUCUCAUUGAGGCUAGUAGACUAAAGUUCAAGCAAACGGCAGCGGGUGACUAGAUUUAACUAUUCAUUCGUGUUAUGUGUGCUAUGAGAAUCUAAGAGAAAUGUUGGGGUUUUUGAUCAACCUGAUGGAACUUUAUUCUCCAUCUUUGUCUAUAUACAGUGGCUAAUAUCAUAUUUUAGUAUCGUGUUUGCACUUUUGCACCUAUCAUGUUUAUCGUUGUAUAUAGCUUGAGAGAUUUAUAAUGUUUUUGGAGACUA